AUGCAAGAACUAGAAUAUAUAGUACUAACUCAUUCUACUAAUAUAUUGAAACCAUUACCUAAUAGUUUAUUUGGUUGGAUUAGAGUUGUUUAUAGUAUUAGUGAUGAAGAAAUCCUUUCAUGUUCUGGUCUAGAUGCUUAUGUGUUUUUAAGUUUCUUCAAAAUGGGGAUCAAGAUCUUUUUGGCUUUGGCAAUUAUGGCUAUUGGUAUACUAAGUCCAAUACGGUAUUAUUUCACUGGAAGUUAUGAUAAAGAUAAUAUUUCAAUGCUUUCAAUUCAUAAUUCUAAAGAGAGUAAACCUCCUGAAUUUAGUGAAGAUUUCCCGAAAUACUUAUGGGUAUAUCCAAUAUUUACAUAUGUGUUUUCCAUUGUUGUAUUUUAUUACUUAUACAAUUUCACCAAUAGUGUAUUAAGAACAAGACAGAAAUAUUUAGCUUCUCAAAACUCAAUAACUGAUAGAACUAUUCGAUUAGAUGGAAUCCCUAAAAAAUUAUUACAAAGACAUAGAUUAAAGAAAUUCAUUGAAGAUUUAGGUAUUGGAAAAGUAAUGGAUGUCAAAUUAAUUUAUAAUUGGGAACCACUUGAAAUCCUUUUUGACAAAAGAAAGGCAUUGCUUGACAAAUUAGAAUAUCUUUAUGCAUCUCAAUAUGAACUUGAUAUCGAUAUCUAUAACCAUGAAAAACCACCCGCAGUAAAUCCACUUAGAAGUAGACCAAUAGACAUUCCAAGGGCUGAAAAAUUAAUAAAACAAUAUUCUCAAGAACUUAUGGACUUAGAUGAAGAAAUCAGAACCAUUCAAAACAAAUUUGAUAGCAAUUUAUCAACAAUAGAUGUCAAGUUAUAUAAAGAUUUCAAACAAGUGACAUCUGCAUUCAUCACUAUGGAUUCAGUAGCAUCAGCGCAAAUGGCAGCACAAACGGUUUUGGAUCCUCGUGUUUAUAAAUUAAUUGUCAGUUUAGCACCAGCUCCAAAAGAUAUCAUUUGGGAAAAUUUUAAAUUAACAUACUAUAAAAAACUAUUGAAAUCUUAUUUAAUUACAUUGGUGAUAAUAUUAAGUUAUGGGUUUAUUAUAUUCUUGGUUGUUCCCUUAACAUCCUUACUUGAUUUGAAAACAAUUAGUAAAUUCUGGCCAGCAGCAGGAGAAUUUAUUGGACAAUCAAAAUGGUUAACUACAUUCGUUACUGGUAUUUUACCACCAUUAUUAUUCACAAUUUUGAAUCUCCUGUUUCCAUAUUUCUAUAGAUGGCUUUCCCAAUAUCAAGGAUAUUCUUCCAAUAGUGACAUCGAAUUAUCAACAUUACUGAAGAACUUCUUCUUUAUAUUUUUUAACUUAUUUUUAAUCUAUGUGGCUGCUGGGACCUUUUGGGAUUAUAUGUCAUAUAUUAGUGAUACAACCAAGAUUGCAUAUCAAUUAGCAACUUCUUUAAAGAGAAUGGCAUUAUUUUACGUUGACUUGAUUUUAUUACAAGGACUCACGAUGUUCCCGGUUAAAUUAUUACAAAUUAGUGAUUUUUUGAUCUUGAAUAUAUUAGGCAAAUUAUUCAAGAGUCUUUUCCUUAGAACUCCAAGAAACUAUAGAACUUAUUAUUAUACCCCGCAGAUAUUUGAUUUUGGAAUUCAUUUACCUCAACAUAUACUUAUAUUCAUGAUUAUCUUAAUUUAUUCCGUCGUAUCAACCAAAAUUGUAACUUGUGGAUUAGUAUAUUUCAUCAUGGGUUUAUUAGUCUAUAAAUAUCAAUUAGUCUACAAUUUUGUUCAUCCCCCUCAUUCUACAGGAAAAGUCUGGCCUAUGAUUUUUAGAAGAGUAAUGCUAGGAUUGGUAAUCUUUCAAUUAUUCAUGUGUGGAACCUUGGCAUUAGAGUCCGCCAUCCUUUUAUCAAUCCUAUGCUCACCAUUAAUAUUCGUCACAUUAUUCAUUUGUUGGAAUUUCGAAAAGUAUUAUGUACCCUUAAACACCUUCAUCGCCCUUCGAGCAAUCCUAAACCCUUAUGAUUUCGAUAAAGCCUUCGACUAUGAUGAUCAACUGUUUAAUAGUGAAGAAAAUAGUGAAACCGAGGACAAUAUGCCUCUGGAUGUGAUAUCUUCCACAAGUGGUCCAAUUGAUGAAUCAUCAUUCCUACUCGAUGGUCAUCACAUUGAAAGAAAUCUUCGAAGAAGGAAAUCUACAAUUGACGAAGAACGAGAACAAUUCACGGAUUAUACUUAUCCGUAUUUAAUCGAUCCGUUGGAUGGACCAUGGGUGGGGUUUAGUGGAGAUAUGGUUACUAUGGUGGAUUAUAAACGUGUUCAAUUUCAGAAUAUUCUUGAAGAGGGUGGCAAUGCAAGGUUGAGAGAUGAUGGGGAUCAUACGAUUAUAAGUAAGGCAUUAUCAGUUAGUGAGUGGGAAUAA